AUGUCGAAGGCGUGGCUCUUCGUGGCGCUGCUCUGCAGCGCGGCGCUGCUUGCUUCCGCCGCCGUAACACCCGCCGCAACCUCCGCCGGCCCGCGGUGCAAGAACCGCUUCCCGCGCAAGCCGCUUUGCAAGUUCGUGGACGACAUCGCGUCGAACCCGCUCGCGGUGAUUGACGGCACGACGGGCAAGAUGGUGAAGAUCGGCGUGUAUCAGAUAUACCAGAAAUUCCAUCGCGAUCUGCCUGCAACGAAGCAGUACGUGUACGGAAAGGAUGAGAAGACCGCCGCUUACCCGGGUCCGGUCAUCGUCGCCCAGCGUGGCGUCGAAACGAAGGUGUAUUAUGAGAAUCACCUUCUAGACAGGCAGCACAUGUUCACUGUAGACUACACUCUCAUGCCCGGCAUUCCCAAGCCGAAGCUCGGCGGCAUUCCCGUUGUGCCGCAUCGUCACGGCGGUGAGCAGCAAAGCGACAGCGACGGCCACCCACAAGCGUGGUUCACGCAGUUCGGCGAAACGGGCCCCACGUUCAAGUCCCGACUCUACACCUACUCCAACAAACAAAACCCCGCCGCGAUCUGGUACCACGACCACACGCUCGGGUGGACGCGUCUUAACACCGUCGCCGGCAUCGGCGGGCUCUAUGUGAUUAAGGACCCCAAGGGGUAUGAGAAGAAUUUGGGAUGGUUGCCGAGCGGCGCGCGCGAGGUGGCUCUGGCGAUUGCGGAUCGCAUGUUCUUCGCCAACGGUUCGAUCAACUACCCGAAUGUUGGGAACGUGCCGCGCGUGCACCCGAACUGGAACCCCGAGUAUCUGGGCAACACCAUCGUUGUUAACGGCAAGGUGUGGCCGUACAUGCGCGUGCGCCCCGCAAUGUACCGCAUGCGGCUGCUCAACGCCGCGAAUGCGCGCGUGUUCAACCUCAAGUGGGUCUGCGCCGCGCGCGCCGAUUACCCCAACUUCGUUCCGCCCAUCCAGGGUUCCGCGAUGUCCGUCAUCCAGAUCGGCACUGACGGCGGGUAUCUGGUCCGCCCUGUGCGCCGCACCGAGGUGCUUCUGGCCCCCGGCGAGCGCGUCGAUCUCCUCGUCGACUUCUCCCUUGUCCCGUCGGACUGCAAAGACGUGAUUAUAACGAACGACGCGCGCGCCCCCUACCCCGCGGGCCAGCCGGUCACUGCGGAGACGGGCGUGGUGAUGCGCAUCAACAUUUUGAACAAAAAGCGCAUCCCGUCUCCGACCAUUCCCAAGAAGAUCAGCGUAAGCUCACGCUAA